GAUUUGAUCGACACAUCAAAAAGAAAAAAGAAAAAAUAAAGAAGACAACGCGAGGUGAAGAAGUUUCCACUAUUACACUCCACUUUCCUCUCGAUUUCAUCGCAUUUCAAACUCUUUGCCUCUGGAAAAUUUUCAGAAUGACUUCUUUAUCCAAUUCCCUUGUGAUUUCAAGGAGCCCUGCAAUUGAUUUAUCGUCUGGUUCUUCUUCAAAGUCUGCUAAUCGAUUUGUGAGAACCAAUAACUUGGGUUUGAGUUUUAAGGGCAACAGGAGACUGUCCACCCAAAAAAGGACACUCACUGUUCAAACAAGUUAUAGUGAUGGUGGAAGGCCAGGCAGUGCAAGCAUCUUUGUCAGUGGCUUUGUUUUAGGGGGAUUGAUUGUUGGCACACUUGGUUGUGUUUAUGCACCUCAGAUCAGCAAGGCUUUAACUGGAGCUGACAAAAAGGAUCUCAUGAAAAAGCUGCCCAAAUUUAUCUACGACGAAGAAAAGGCCUUGGAGAAGCAACGCAAGAAACUGGCUGAGAAGAUUUCACAGCUGAACGAUGCCAUAGAUAACGUAUCCACUCAGUUGCGAUCAGAAGAGCCACCAAAUGGAGCUGCAGUGAACUCAGAUGACAUCGAGGCUCUCAUCUAAGACUGGCGAACAUGUACAACCUAUCCUCUUAAGGCAUAUGGUCACACCGUCACAGCACCAACCCUUCACUGAUGCCCUUGUUUGCAGCCCUUUACGAAUGCGGGGUCUAAAAUGCCAUAUGAUAGUGCUAUUUUGCUGUUAGUUUUCUGCAUUCUGAUGUAUGUCUGAGAAUCACAGUGUCUAAUAACCUCUUUUAUUGGCAAUUUCAGUUAAACUUACAAACCUAUCUUUAUGUA